UUAUCUACGUUAUGGAAGGUUUCGACGAUCCAGGAAUAUUUUUCUCAAAUAAUUUUGCUACACAAGAACCACGUGAGAAUCAACUGAAUCUACAGGUUUUCAAGAAGAAAUUUAAAGAAUUCAUUAGACAAUUUCACGAGGGAAAUUUUAAUUAUAAAUAUCGAGACACUUUGAAACGGAACUACAACCUUCGCUUAUACUACAUUGAUAUUAAUUUAGAAGAUCUUGGAGCAUACGAUGAAUCUCUUGCUGAGAAAAUUUAUAAACAACCAACAGAGUAUUUGCCAAUAUUUGAAGAAGCUGUAAGAGAAGUUGCAGAUGAACUCACAGCACCACGUCCCGAGGGUGAAGAAAAAGUAGAAGACAUUCAGAUACUUAUUUCCUCCGAUGGAAAUCCAACUUCUCUAAGAGGCAUGAAGCCUGAUAUUGUUUCAAAGUUGAUAAAAAUUCCUGGAAUUGUUGUGUCAGCUUCAGGAAUCAGAGCUAAGGCAACAAAGAUUGCAAUACAAUGCCGAUCUUGUAGAGCUGUUCAAGUAAACAUUAAUAUAAAACCAGGCCUGGAAGGAUACAUGUUACCAAGAAAAUGUAAUACAGAGCAAGCUGGGCGACCAAAGUGUCCCUUGGAUCCAUUCUUUAUCAUGCCUGACAAGUGUCACUGCGUUGAUUUCCAAGUCUUAAAACUUCAAGAACUACCUGAUCACAUUCCGCAAGGAGAAAUGCCGCGCCACUUACAAUUGUACUGUGACCGUUACUUAUGUGAACGUAUCGUUCCUGGAAACAGAGUAUUAAUCUUAGGAAUCUAUUCUAUAAAAAAAAUAGCAAAUGCUGGUGGCAGAGCAGCUGGCAGAGAAAAAGCCCUAGUGGGUGUUCGUGCACCUUAUAUUCGAGUUGUAGGAAUUUCAGUAGAUGGCGAAAAUACUGGUAGUGGAACCCAUGCAGUAGUGACUGCGGAGGAAGAAGAAACAUUCAGACGUUUAGCAGCUGAUCCAAAUUUAUAUGAAAGAAUGUCAAACAGUAUAGCACCAAGUAUCUUUGGUGCAACAGAUAUGAAGAAAGCUAUUGCAUGUCUGCUCUUUGGUGGGUCUCGAAAAAAAAUGCCUGAUGGUCUUUGUCGAAGAGGAGAUAUCAAUCUUCUUAUGCUGGGAGAUCCUGGUACAGCCAAAUCACAGUUAUUAAAAUUCGUUGAAAGAGUUGCACCAGUAGCAGUCUAUACAUCCGGUAAAGGAAGUUCAGCUGCUGGCUUGACAGCAUCAGUAACGCGUGAUCCAGUUACAAGAAAUUUUGUUAUGGAAGGAGGCGCGAUGGUAUUGGCCGAUGGCGGAGUGGUCUGCAUCGAUGAGUUCGACAAGAUGAAAGAGGAUGAUCGUGUAGCUAUUCACGAAGCCAUGGAACAGCAAACAAUCUCGAUAGCAAAAGCGGGAAUCACUACAACACUAAAUACACGCUGCUCUGUUCUUGCUGCUGCCAAUUCCAUUUUUGGUCGAUGGGACGAUAUGAAGGGCGCAGAGAACAUCGACUUCAUGCCUACAAUUUUAUCUCGAUUCGACAUGAUAUUCGUUGUCAAGGACGAACACGAGCAGAACAAAGACAUCACUCUGGCCAAGCAUGUGAUGAGUAUUCAUGCGAAUGCAGGAUCGCUAAAUGAACAGACUUUGGACGGUGAACUGUCUCUGAGUCUUAUAAAGAAAUAUAUUCACUAUUGUAGAACGCGCUGUGGUCCAAGACUAAGUAAGGAAGCUGGAGAAAAGCUACAAAAUCGUUAUGUAAUGAUGCGUGCUGGUACUCGCGAACAUGAAAGAGACACUGAGAAGAGGCUAUCCAUUCCAAUUACCGUUCGCCAACUAGAAGCUGUUAUUCGAAUUUCCGAAUCAUUGGCUAAGAUGAGAUUACAGCCCUUUGCUACAGACACUCACGUUAACGAGGCUCUCAGACUUUUCCAAGUUUCUACAUUAGAUGCGGCUAUGUCUGGUUCAUUGGCUGGAGCUGAAGGUUUUACCACAGAAGAGGAUCACGAGAUGCUGGCGCGGAUUGAGAAGCAGUUGAAACGUCGAUUCGCUAUUGGUUCUCAGGUUUCUGAAUACAAUAUCGUUAACGAUUUCGUCAAACAAAAGUAUCCGGAACGUGCUGUUUACAAAGUGAUACAUACGAUGAUUCGUCGAGGCCAACUACAGCAUCGCAUGCAGCGUAAAAUGCUCUAUAGACUUUCAUGAAAAAUAACCGUGAGCAUUAGUACUCUCUUUAAUUAACGCAAAGGGCAUGCGAACGAAGUACUUAUCAAUGUAAUUCAAUUGAACAUUUUACAAAGAGAGCUUGAGGUACUUAUCCAUAUUAGCAGGUCUGUUACGAUAAUGCGGUAGCUAGACAGAUAAGCAAAAUUUAUUUUUAAAAAAUUGUAAAAUUUUUCCUAAUAAAACGACUAAAUCCAUGACAAU